AUGGACCGAGGAAACGAAAUCGGUCCCUUGAUCCUACUCACUCUGCAAUACAUCCCAGAACUUCUACCGCUUGUUCAAUCUGGGCAUCAUCCUGAGCCGGGAAUCCCGAUGGCAUCCCACGCUCUCGCGAUCGGAAUUCCCAUGCCCGGUCAAAUCCCGGCCGACUGGAAAUACAACCGCUAUCUACCCCAUUCGAAUUUCGAGAACCCAAUUGGAAAUUGCGGUGUUACUGCUGAGUUGCAUGAUGACUUUAUAUCCUCAAAUUACCAUCAUUACGUCAUCGUAUAUGCCCCCAAAUUUGGGGAGGCGGUUUGUUUUUGCCCUGGAUGUUGGGGAUUUUACUUGUUUGAAGGUCCUAUGGUUCUUAUGUCGGAAAUGCCAUUGAAAUGUGCAACAUCGACGCCGGCGUUAGAAGCCGCAUGA